CCGACGGUGGUGGGAAGGCGAGACUUGAAGACGGUGUGUCGCUCCCGUCGAGUUGAAUGGGUUGGGGCGGCUUUUAAGAAUCCGCAUCGUUUUCCUCUGGGGCUUUUUGCGUCUGCGGAGAACCCGCUCGCUGCAAUGAUUAGGACUCUUUGCUAAUUGGGUAAGAUUAAGGGUAGCCCCCCCGUCCCCUCCCCUUUUUGGCCGGUGCUAAACUCUGCCCCCUUGCAAGUUGCCAGAAGCGAAAGAAAAGGCUGCAAGCCAAGCGAAUCGCAGCAUGCACUUGUCCGCGCCUCUGGGCUGAUGAAGAGGUCUUGAGCUCGCUCCUCCCUGGCGGCUGCCGGAGAUAUUUUUGGGAGAAAGACUUUUUUUUAAAAGGGGGAGCCUGAUUUUUUUUUUCCUUCCCCUUUUGCACAAAAACUCGCUUGGGGGGAACGAGGAGCAUGCAUCGCUUUUCCGGGCUCGCCAGGGAAGCCUCGGCUCUCCCGGGCUGCAGGACGGAAAGGAAAGAGCCGGCCGUGCGGUUCCUGGCGUCGCUGGUAACCGGUACCCAGCAGCAGCAGCGGAACCCCGGGCCCCACCGUCGCCCGCUGGGCAGAGAGGGGCCGGUGCGCUGGAACAGCGCCGCCAAGGCCUCGGCCGUGAAGCUCCAGGAGAAGCCGGCCCGGGAGAAGAUCCUGACGCUGGAGUCCAUGAACCCGCAGGUGAAGGCGGUGGAGUACGCCGUGCGGGGCCCCAUCGUGAUGAAGGCGGGCGAGAUCGAGAAGGAGCUGCGGAAGGGAAUCAAAAAGCCCUUCACUGAAGUCAUCAAAGCCAACAUUGGAGAUGCGCAUGCCAUGGGACAGCAGCCAAUCACCUUCCUUCGUCAGGUGGUUGCACUUUGCACAUACCCAAACCUGUUGGACAGCCCGAGCUUCCCCGAGGACUCAAAGAACAGAGCAAGACGGAUCUUGCAAGGAUGUGGAGGGAACAGUUUAGGUUCUUACAGCGCCAGCCAAGGCGUCAACUGUAUCAGAGAGGAUGUUGCGGCUUACAUCGAACGACGCGACGGAGGGGUGCCUGCCGAUCCAGAUAACAUAUACCUGACGACGGGAGCCAGUGACGGCAUUGUGACUAUUCUAAAGAUCCUCGUCUCGGGCGGAGGGAAAUCCCGAACCGGAGUCAUGAUCCCGAUCCCCCAGUAUCCCUUGUAUUCAGCAGUCAUUUCAGAGCUGGAUGCCGUUCAGGUGAACUAUUACCUGGAUGAAGAGAACUGCUGGGCCCUUGACGUGAAUGAGCUCCGCCGCUCUCUGGAAGAGGCCAAAGCUUAUUGCAAUCCGAAAGUCCUGUGCAUCAUCAAUCCAGGAAAUCCCACAGGUCAGGUUCAAAGCAGAAAGUGCAUUGAAGACAUGAUACACUUUGCUUGGGAAGAGAAGCUCUUUCUUCUGGCCGACGAGGUCUAUCAAGAUAACGUUUACUCGGAGAGCUGUCGGUUUAGAUCUUUUAAAAAGGUACUUUAUGAGAUGGGCCCGGAUUACUACAACAACGUGGAACUGGCUUCCUUUCAUUCCACCUCCAAGGGGUACAUGGGCGAGUGUGGCUACAGAGGAGGGUACAUGGAGGUGAUUAAUUUGCACCCGGAGAUCAAAGGGCAACUCGUCAAGCUCCUGUCGGUCCGGCUGUGCCCACCCGUCUCGGGGCAAGCCGCCAUGGACGUUGUCGUCAAUCCUCCGGUACCUGGGGAGGAGUCUUACGCCCAGUUCAUCAAGGAAAAGGAGUCCGUCUUGAACAACCUGGCGAGGAAAGCCAAACUCGCAGAAGACAUGUUUAAUCAAGUACCGGGCAUCCACUGCAAUCCACUUCAGGGAGCCAUGUAUGCUUUCCCACGGAUCUUUAUCCCUGCCAAAGCUAUUGAGACUGCAAAGGUUCACAAAAUGGCUCCCGACAUGUUCUACUGUAUGAAACUUCUGGAGGAAACUGGGAUCUGUGUGGUUCCCGGCAGUGGCUUUGGCCAAAGAGAAGGAACGUACCACUUCAGGAUGACAAUUCUCCCUCCCGCCGAGAAACUGAAGAUCCUGCUGGAGAAAGUGAAAGCGUUUCAUAUAAAGUUCCUUGAAGAGUACUCUUAAGCAAAACAAAGACUUUCUUUUUUUUCUCCUAGAGUGAACGGGGAAAAUAAAACAAAGCUGUGAUGGGGGGGAGGGAAUAUAUGCUUUUUUAAUCUCCUGAAAUCCAGUCCGUAAUACAAUCGCUAGAGCCCAGCUGUGAAAUCUGAGUACAUUGUGGCAUAUAUUACUAAGUGUUAAUGUUAUGGAAGGGGGAGAGGGAGUAAAGAGUGGUAAAUUUGGAAAGAAAGAAAAAAAGGUAAGAUUUUGUGCCUUGAUCAGAAAUUAUAUACUCCGCUUCUGUGGCUGGGCUGGGUAAACAAGGUUAAGAGGUGGGGUGGGGGGAUGUUAUUUGAGAAACACUGAAACUCAAAUAUGAAACGUUAGCAAAAUUUGAUCGGACUGGCAACUCGGUGUUGAUAAACACCUUUCCGUACUUUAAAGGAAAAAACCUACCUUCUAUAGAGAAACACCAUGCCUUUCUGUCUUACGUGAAAGCUAACUCAGCUGAAAUAGUGUCUGCGUGAGCUCUUAAGUAACUGACUUUCUUGAGAGAGUCUUGGGCAGAAAUUCAUGGUGGAUCAGGCCCAUUGACAUCCUGUAAAGCCUCAAGAGAAACAUGCAUCACAUUUCUUUUUUUGGGGAGGGGGAUUCAAGAAGUUGCCAAAAUUAUUCUCUGUCUGUUGAAUUCUGCCUUUCUAAUGUGGGCUUGGUUGGCUCAGCAUGAGAAUAAUAAAUAUCCAGGGACUUUGCAUGGAAACGAAUAAUGCCAAAUCAUCUGGUUAGGAGCAAGGAGGGGGGUGGGAAUUAAGGGCCGUGAAGUAAGAGGAGAACGGAAAUAAUCAGAUUCAUGCUUUCCUCUUGCGUCUGGCUCUGUGCAGCUUUAGAAACUAGUCCCAGAGUAGACGAGUCAUGCCAGGGAAGAGAGCGCUGUUAACUGGCAUCCAUCUGAGUCCAAGAGAUUGCCGACAUUGGAUUCCUAUGGGCUGUAUACCAAACACUGGUGCUAGGAGAAAGAUAUCAGACAGCCCCACAAAUACCACCCGAGGUUGACGGGUCAUAGCCAGGCAGAAGGGGGCCAUUUUUCCGGGUAGCGGUACAAUACUGUCUGGCUAAACAGCCUCCCUUAGCAGAGCUGUAGUCUUCAUUCUACCCACACCAUGUUGGAUGCUUAGCAACAGACGUUAACCUAUUACCUCUUGAUGCUUUUCCCUUUCGGAGAGGCCGUGGGAUUUCUGGCGGGACGGUGCAAACCAGCCUGUCACAUGGAGCUAAAGAAUUCUGGCUUCCCUCUCGCCAGCGAGCAUCAUUGCAAACCCAAUGACGUUUGCCCGGGAUGCAGAAUCGCAUCGGAUUCCGUAAUGUGUUCUAGUUAGUGGUGGCAAACGGGCCUUCAACACUGCUAACCAGAGUAGGUUUUACCGCUCGGUAGUCAGUGCACCCUAUUGUUGUUGUAGCCAGGAGUCCUCCAUGAUCGAGCCAGUUGGGGUUAACUUUAUGAUAAAGGUGAAAGUACGUGACAUCUGGUACAUCUUCUUGGCUUAGUAUUUGUACCUGUUCUUGGUACCAGCCCAUGUUCUCAGACAAGUGAAUGGUUCUCCUGGAUGAAUUAGACCAGUCCUUUGGUUGAAAAUGACAGGCCACUGUCCUUACUUGGCUGCAGACCAGGCACAGAGUUCCAAGAAACCAACCAAGCCACCCAACCUGACGAGGGACAACAGCAGACACAACCGUCCAGUGUCAAAUAUUGGGAGCCGCAGGAUCAGACUUUGUAGUUUCGCCUGUAGGGCUUGUCAACUUGUCAGCUCUCAACCUGCUUAUCCCGUUCACACCUCACGGGGACAAGAGCGGCAGAAAAGCCUGCCCUUUGAUGGAAACACCUGGAUUCGCAACAUUCUGCACUUCCACGGUUUUGUAAGCGUUAAGUAACUCUGGAGCAGCGGAAGGCUGAAAGAAACCGUGUCCAACCUGGGGGGGUUUCUGUAAGAAUUCUCAAAUUGCACUUUUUUCCUCAAAUCCAGCUUUGCUUGGGAGAAGCUGCCGUGUUGAACGUGGAGGCGCAACCAAAUCCC